AUGCCUACAGAAGAGUAUCUCGCCUCAUUGAACAUUCCCCGCGUCAACUUCAAUUUUGAUGAUGCGGACCAGCUGAGGAUACAUCUGAUGUGCGCCAUGCUUUGCUGUCCUAAACAAAUUGACGACGACGGAAGCAUCCGAGCGGACAUGGUCAAUAGAAAUGCAGAAGAGAUUACUGGACGUUACAUGGAUCUGUAUACUAUUGGAAGAAAGGCCACUCAGGAAGAUGACAAUGAAUUCAAAAAGAUCACCAAAAAUUUGGUUAGUUCAUUGUAG